CUAAUCAACCAUUUGUUAUUGUUGAGUGUUUGUUUAUCUCGCUCACCUAAAUUUGCAACCAAAAAAAAAAGAUUUGUUCUGAUCAAUAUUGAACAGAAAACUAAGAAACCCAUUUUUUUCUUCUUCGAAAGAUCUGAAUAUUUUAUUUUCUGAAAUUUCGUUGAAGAAACUUUGAGAUUAGAGGAAGAAAUUUCAUUUGAUCUGCACGUUUCUGAAUUGAGAAGAAGAAAAAAAGGAACAACAAUGAGCUCUGAGCAAAACAACAGCACAAGCUUCCCACCAACAGAGCCAAAGCUCUGCGACAACGGAUGCGGUUUCUUCGGGUCACCUUCCAACAUGAACCUCUGUUCCAAAUGUUACAGAAGUCUCCGGGCCGAGGAAGAUCAAACCGCUGUAGCAAAAGCUGCUGUCAAGAACUCACUUAAGCUUCCAUCUUGCAGUCUCAUUCUCACACCAGAGCAAAAGCAGCCUCUUGAAACCAAACCAGUCUCUGCUGUUGUAACGACUGAGCCGUCGUCUUCAGUUCCUGUAGCCACGGGACAGGAGGAGGUAGAGCCGUCGAAACCUGCACGGACGAACAGGUGUUUCAACUGUAACAAGAAGGUUGGGGUUAUGGGGUUUAAGUGCAAAUGCGGCAGCACGUUUUGCGGGAGCCAUAGGUACCCGGAGAAGCACGAGUGUAGCUUCGAUUUCAAAGAAGUUGGACGUGAUGCAAUCUCAAAGGCCAAUCCUGUGAUCAAGGCGGAUAAAGUCGAAAGGAUAUGAAAAAAAAAUUAGCAAACCUUUUCUUUUUAUUAAGUAAUUUGGGUUUUCUAUCUUGUCUGCAUUUGAUCAGCUUCUUCUUUGGAUGUUGAUCAGUUGAUGUGAUGUGAUCAUGUUUGGUUUCUAUGAAUCAAAAUGAAAAUUGCUGCU